AUGAUUGGUUGGGCAGAUAUAGCCCCAGACGAUGUGUCAUCGAAGAGACCUCAUGAAGAGGAAAAAGAUAUUGAGCGAGUUAAGCCAAAAAGCAAGAAUACGACUGAAAUCAGUAUGGCUUCACCUUCAAAAAUGCAGAGAUUGGACAGUUUUGUAACUGAGUUCACUGAGGAAGUAGACACCGAGUUGAAAGCAGUGUGCUAUGACAUUUCGAAUAAGAACAAUGGACAAGCUAUUAAGGCUGUAGAAAAGAUAAGAAGAAAAUUAAAAGCCAUGGACGGAAAAGCCAAAAAGCCAGACUGGUUGUGUAACUAUCUUUCGCAACAACAGCAAUUCGAGCAGAAAAGACUUCUAAGAAAGCAACAAAUGAAAACUUGGUACCAACAAAAUAAAGAAAAGAAAAAACAGUAUGAAAGAAAUCGGUAUCAAGAUGAAGAAAAUGCCAAAAGAAAAAAACAGUAUAUGAGAGAAAAAUACUGUAUUCCAGAGAAUGCAAAAAAAAAGAAACAGAGUAUGAAGGAAAAAUACAGUAUUCCAGAGAUUGCGGGAAAAAAGAAACAGAGUAUGAAGGAAAAGUACAGUAUUCCAGAGAUUGCAGGAAAAAAGAAACAGAGUAUGAAGGAAAAGUACAGUAUUCCAGAGAUUGCAGGAAAAAAGAAACAGAGUAUGAAGGAAAAGUACAGUAUUCCAGAGAUUGCAGGAGAAAAGAAACAGAGUAUGAAGGAAAAAGUAUGA